AUGAGCAGACAGCUACGCAGUGGGCGCAGCUACGACGCCUCGAAGGAACCCCAAGUUCCUAAACGCAAGACGCGGCAACGCAAGGCCGCUGGGGCGAAGGCCGAUGCCAAUGAACAGGCAUUGGAGACGAACAGUAAGCAAUUGAUAGUACCCAGAGAAAGGGAACGGCUUACGUUCGGGACGGCUCCUGGGGAAAGAAACCCCAGAGAGAGCGUACAUAUAGUAGGCACCGGGAGGCGCCGAGGAGUGGCACUCGUCGGGAACGACGCGGUCAAGCUAUCCCUGUCUGCCUACGCGGCCCUAACGAAUAGGGCCCCACCCAUCCGGAGGGUGCUGAGCUGGCCGACACCAGCGAUCGAGACCCGCAUGAUAGCGGAUGCCCCCAAGGAAGGGGAAGCAGCGGUUCCUAGGAACGCUGAGGCAGCCGUCAGAGUCCCGGGAGAGCAAGAACUUACCCCCGGAGGAACCGACAGAGCGCCGGCUGCCGUUAGAGCGCCAGAGACACCCUCGACGAACAUGAGGAGGAAGGACACGUCCUCGGACAACGAUGUGUAUGUAACUGCCAGAACAAGUCGAGUAUGCGACGAGAGUAUCGUUCUGGAUAGUGAGGGUGAACCGCUGUUAGCACAAUACGUAGUAAAUGACGAUACCAGUAAGACGCCCUCCGUUAGUAGUGAGCAAAGGAAGUGCAGGCGCCGUAAGUCCAAGGGGAACAUGAAAGACCCGAUUGGAAGCCCCAGUAAUGAGUCUAAGUCAACGGCUAAUUAUGAGGGACUUACCUGGGAUGAGGAGGUCCGACGGGUCAACGGCAAAGACCCGGGUGGUCCAAACACCAGCCUCCCGGACAUUAGCAAAUGGGUGAAUCCCGACUGGUCACGGUCGGGCUACGUCCACGAAAGCAAUGAGCAGAGCGCUGGGACCGAUGGAGAGAGCGUACAGGUCAAUGCGCUCAUCUUCAAGGUUGAUGACAACUACGUAUACGACGACGACGAGUACCUGGAGGUGCUGCGCAAUUUGCGCAAUCAAGACCGAUCUGAGAGCACACAUAGUCAGUCCCGAGGGGCUGGCCCAUUGCAAGCUCGCCAAACGCACCGAGUCACGGUGGAGGAAAUCGACGAAGAGACUGAAACGACUGAGACUAGUCGGACGCGCUCGUACGUCGGUAAAGGAAAGGGCAAGAAGAAGCCUAGGGAAAGGAGCAGGAAACGCAAGCGGCCAAGCCUCGGGAUGGCACUCGACGACCUAGAAGGGUCGCGAGGAGAAAGGGGCCGACCCACAGUCAGCAGGGAACCCUCAGUCACGUACCGAGGAGGAGGAUACCUGGAAGGACUUAUCAAAACCGUACCAAGGGGUGAUAGGGGCGGGGCUAGAGACAAGCCUACAACCCGUAGCAGAAGAACCAACCCACCGCCUUCUACGGUGGAGUUGCCGGCUCCAUUGCAUGGGCAAGGUGGUGACGGGGAACUCCCGCAUACAGGCACCCCUGGAAGUGACUCAGAGCCCUCCAAUUCAGACUCGUCCGACAGUGACUACAGCUCGACCAACAAGUCUAUCUCCUCACGAUCCACGGGGAUGACAAGACAACAAGCUAGCCGUGAGCUGGAAGACAUAGUCAGAAAGCUCAGGAAACAGAACAAACGACUGGAGAAGAAAAUCGUGACACAGGCAAGAUCAGGGUACAAAGCCCAGACGCCUAAAGCUUACAAGGGCGAGGCGGACAUCAAUAAAUACGACAUGUUUAUCUUUAACUAUAAACUAUACUUGUCAGAUACCAAGCUUAGCGACCGCAAGGCCGUCCUCACAGUGAGCCAAUUCCUUGAGGACAAGGCGGCAACAUGGUACAUGAUGAAUGUAGCGCCAGACCCUGAAGCUUAUACGAUGGAAACAAUAUACGUCGGACUUUACGAAUAUUGUUUCCCCCCCGACUUCAAGGAGGAGGUGCGACGUCAGUAUAACCAGAAGCGGCAAGGGGACCUGAGCGUUCAGGACUACUUUGCCGAGCUGGCUAGGCUCUGUCGCAGACUUAGGGAUAUUGACAAUAGACAACACGUUCUGAGAAUCUGGGAGGGCGCCGCGCAGUAUAUUAAGGUUGAAUGGGCUCUAAAAUACAUGCAGCCGGAAACUACAGACAUAGAGACACUGCGAGAAGCGGCAUUGGCAGCAGAAAGGGCGCAUAAGAUCAAACAGAAAAUCGAAAGGUUGGGAAACGACAAGGGAAAUCCACAGAAGGAGCGGUCGCGUAGCCCCCCCAGGAAGAACGACCGCCGUCCUAAUUACAGAAGCUCGGCUAAUGGAUCAAACGGGAGGAACCGCGACCAUAGAAGCGGGAGCUACAAUGGUAACGGUAACAGGACGGACAAGCGCCAAGACAAGAAUAGACACAAAACGCAAGAAGGAGGGCGCAAAGAGGCGAACACAAGGAAGGAGAAACUCACGAAUGAAGAACGAGACAGACUAAAGGCCGCCGGGCUAUGUUACGUGUGCCAGAGGUUGGGACAUCUGGCCCGGGACUGCCCGAAGUUCCACAAGGCAAGGCCGUCGCAUAUACGUGCAAACGCGGUUAAAAUCAGACCCAAAGAGAAGGUCCAAGUCUUGUCAGUCAUGCUCAAGGAGUUGGACAAACUUACCCGGCUGAGAGACAGGGUCGAAGUGAACGCCGUUUGCGUAGGGCAAAAGAACAAUGCCACAACAAAGCACAUAGAGCGCAAUGCGGUCAAGAUCAAAGACAACACGCGCAAAGUGCCCGACACGCUGGUGGUUGAAGCGAAGAUAGAAGGCAAGUCAGUACGAGUACUGCUGGACUCUGGGUGCCAAACUGACCUAAUUUUGUCAACACUGGUCGAUCAGCUCAAACUAGAUAAGACGGCGCUGACAAAACCGCUGCAAGUUCAACUGGCAAUGGCGGGGUCGCGAGGAACUUUACACUAUGGUGCACAGGCUAGAAUAGAAUAUCAGACAGUGAACAAAAAUCGCGCCUACCCCCUCCACACCGUCACUAUUACCUCCCGCACUCCCCCUCGAUCUUCCUCCCGGGCAACCACUCACGCUGGACGCUCAUACCCCACACAUACCAUGGCAACCCGUUCCAGGCCGCCCUCUCGAGCUCGCUCCCCUGUCGAUCAAGGACAGCUGGGACCCGACUUUCCGCCAGCCUCCCCUGAGCUCGGCGAAGUCAGCCUCGAGCGGGUCAUCUGCCUCCUCUGGGGACUCCAGUCCCAAGUUGACCGCAUUGAGCAGACCCUCUCGGAACAAAACAAAAUUAGUCGAGAGGUUUGCACCAAUGUCGAAAACAUCUCCCAAGCGGUCAAUGUUGUCAAGGAUGGGCUUGCCCAACUCCAGCUCCCCCGGGGUCCCCAUACCCCAGAAGAUCAAAAACCCCCUGCGGUCGAGGAAACUCCCAGGGCCGCGCCCAAAGCCGAGCCUAUUGGCAAGGCUCAACCCUUCCUUGGGGCCCCAGCCCCUAUCAUUUCCACAGGGGCCCCCCGGCGCGACCCCUUAUUGUCAUAA